AUAUAAUUGCGCAAGAAGGAAAAGUGGAGCGAACAGGACGCAGACUGAGCAGCGAGAUCGAUGAGCGACGUGAGUGCCUGGAAACAACAGAGGGCUGGGCAGCGACUUGACCUCGGGCAAGCCGCGAGGAGGAAGCAGGAGGAGUGCGCCGCCCGCAGUGUGAUAUCGGACACGCGAUCCGCGCCGCGCGCCGGCGGAUAAGCCGAGCCGUGCAGCGCUACGUGCUGAGAGGGCAGUGCGUGUACACGCGGGCCGGCGAGGAGUCGCUGCCGCUGCAUGGCCGAUGCCGACGAUGGGGGCAGCGACGCCGGCGGACGCCGUCACCGGCGGCGUCGCUACGUCGUCUACGCCGCGUCCGUCGGCAGCAUGUCUGUGGUGACGGCGAUGCUGGUGGUGGCCGUGGCGCUGUCAGCGACCCGCGGCGAGGUAUCUCUGGGCGGCAUGCUCUACCCCAGGGAGUCAGAGUCUCGCGAGGUGCGCUCCCUCGACGGCGUCUGGGACUUCCGGCUCUCCGACAACCUGCAGGGCUACUGGGAGCGCUGGUACGAGCACGACCUGCGCUCCACAGGAGAAGUGAUGAUGAUGCCGGUACCGGCCAGCUACAACGACGUGACGCAGCUGAAGGAGGUGCGCGACCACGUGGGUCUGGUCUGGUACGACCGGCGGUUCUUCGUGCCGCGCUCCUGGCAGUCGCCCAACAUCCGAGUGUGGCUGCGCUUCGGCAGCGUACACUACGUCGCCCAAGUGUGGGUGAACGGCGAGCUGGCGAUGGCCCACGAGAUCGGCCACCUGCCGUUCCAGGCAUCUGUGACGGGGCUGCUGAAGUUCGGCGCCAGCAACCGGCUGACCGUCGCCGUGGACAACACGCUGCUGCAGACCAGCGUGCCGCAGGGCUCCCUCCACCACGUAGACACCGCCAACGGCACGCGGGAGUACCAGUCGUACUCGUUCGACUUCUUCAACUACGCGGGCAUCCAUCGGCCCGUCCUGCUCUACACGACGCCCUCCGUCUUCAUAGACGAUCUCAACGUCGCCACGGACUACUCGCUCGACGGGACCGGCACGGUACGGUACAACGUGACGUACGCGGGCUACUCCAUGGAGGCGCCGCAGUGCCGCGUGGACCUUCUGGACGCGGACGGCGUGGUGGUGGGUUCCAGCGACUCCAGCAACGGCCUGCAGGGCGAGAUCCGCGUGCCCGACGCGCACGCCUGGUGGCCCUACCUUAUGCACCCGCGGCCGGGAUACCUCUACACCUUGCAGGUGCGGCUGACGUCAUCGGAAUGGGGUACGGAGGACGUGUACCGGCUGCCCGUCGGUAUCCGUCGACUAGCCUGGGACAACUCAUCGCUGCUCGUCAACGACCGACCCGUCUACUUGCGAGGCUUUGGCCGACACGAGGACGCUGACAUCCGCGGCAAGGGGCUGGACCUGGCGACCGUAGCGAAGGACCACAACCUGCUGCGCUGGGUGGGCGCCAACUCGUACCGCACCUCCCACUACCCGUACGCUGACGAGGUCAUGGACUUCGCCGACCAGCAGGGCUUCCUCAUCAUCGACGAAUGUCCCAGCGUCAACACAGAGAACUACUCGCCGGCGCUGCUGCAGAAACACAAGGACUCGCUGACAGAGCUGAUUCGGCGCGACAAGAACCGGCCUAGCGUCAUCAUGUGGUCCGUCGCCAACGAGGCGCGCACACAGCUGUUCGCCGCCGAGUCCUACUUCAGGGAGAUCGUGCAGCACGUGAAGAGCCUGGACCCCUCGCGUCCGACCACCAUGGCCAUCGCCAGGGGCUUCAGCGAGGACAGGGCUGCACCGUUCAUCGACAUCAUCGCGUUCAACCGUUACAACGCGUGGUACAGCAACGGCGGCCUCACGGAGACCAUCGUGCCGCGCGUCGUGGCCGAGGCGGAGGGCUGGCACGCCAGGUUCGGCAAACCCGUCUUCGUCACCGAGUACGGCGCCGACACGCUCGAGGGCCUGCACCUGGAACCUGAAUACAUAUGGUCUGAAGAAUACCAAGAAGUGCUGUUCUCGGAACACUUCAAAGCAUUCGACAUCCUCAGAGAAAAGGGUUAUUUCAUCGGAGAAAUGAUAUGGAAUUUUGCAGAUUUCAAAACUGCACAAACGUACACGAGGGUCGGCGGCAACAAGAAGGGUAUCUUCACUCGGGCGCGCCAGCCCAAGUCGGCAGCGCACCUGGUGCGGAAACGUUACUGGUCGCUGGCGGAGCGCCUCGACGGUGCACAGCCACCGGCGGACACCCGCCGUUACGUCAUCGACGCUCCCCCGAAAGACUCUGUCAAUGCAGUGCGCCGCGAGCUGUAAGCUGAGUGCAGUCACAGACAGCCGACAGCCGUCCCUUCUUCCGUCCAGAAGCAGUACGGACAACUCUGCAAACACUUCAUCCGCCAGGUGGUGAGACCGGAGCAGUGUCCUGAGUUAACUGGCAGCUAUGUAUCACAUGCUGCAGACUGCUGCCUUGCUGUGGAAGCCUGUACUUUCAAGUGACAUUAACUUUCAGAAGCCAGUAUCUGUUGUCCAUACAAACCACUCUAGUCGACACUCAUUCCCAAGAACGACUGACAAUCAAUAUCCCAUCGACUUAUCCCACUGUCAGUGGAAGAAGAAGUAAUAGCUUCAUAGAUUUUCGUAUGUGGCCUGUGUUCACUGACAAUAGCAGUCAUCCUCUUUUUUUUUUUUUUUUUUUUUUUUUUUUUUUUUU